CAUGCCGGUCGUGGUCAUCACCGUCAUCGGCAUCACUACGCUCUUCUAUGCAUUUGAGAAUUUCCAAGAUCGCAUCGCCGUGACGCUCGCCUGCCUCAUCGUCGAAGCUGGCCUGUACUCGCAAAUCUGCGUCGUCAUCCCCAUCUCGGCGGCCCCGAAAUUCGUCGAUAUUUAUUUCUUUUACGGGAUAUUGAGGAUGUUUUUCGUUUGCCUCAAUCACCUGGGCGUGUACCGCUGGCUCAUUGCCUUCAAAGAUCGAAAAGCUAAAGACCUGGCAAAGAUAAAUGAAUUAGCUUUACAGUCUGUUGUGGAGCCCGCGGGCCCGGCGAAAGGUGGCGUCAAGUCUGACAUUGGAGGAAAAGAAAUAGAAAGCUUGAGAUCAACAAACGAAGGACCUUUCUUCAACACGAACAUUAUCACGCCCGUGUACUCAACUCGAGAAAACUUGACUGGUGGGGACGUAGCGACCAAGGUUUGCUACACUUCAACGGACAAAAGCUUCAACAAAUUUCCCUGCAACGCUUGGGAGGACAACGAAGAAGCGGAGAAAAAAUAUACUGCUAUUUAUAAGCGGUUCACAAUCAAGAGCUAUUUCUUCUUUGUUGCGGGUGUUGUGUUUGAUUUCGUUUUUUUCGGGUUGUCUGGUUACGUGAUUAUGAUGCUGAGGAACAAGGUCUUCAUCCAGUAUCCUGCAUGCAAUUCCAGCACGUAACAAAUUUACUUCUUUUCUUGGAUACCAAUGCAUUCACUUAUUGUCUAGACUUUAGAGUAAAGAAAAACUAUUCGACGUUCCGUCCCCAAACAUGAUUUUGGAAAGGCCUCCUGCCCAAUAAAUUCCAUUCAAAAGAUUUUGCAUACAGACUAUUUUCGUUGUUUCUCAAGG